AUGUUCACCAAAGUAGUGGUAUGCAAUGUCCUUUUCAUCGUUAUUACGGAUAGAGGCAGAGUCAAAACGGAGAAAGACGAGGAAGACGAAGGGUUCUACUCAGGUGAAGAAGAAUACGAGCUUGAUGAUUCCUUUGAAAGCGAUGAAGAAGUGCAGGAUUCGUUUCCCGCAGGCGACAAAACAAGGGCUGUUUCGCAGAGCACACAGUUGGGAGCACUGUGGCCAAAGAUAGGAUGCGUUUCUGCCGCUUCAAACGAGGGGACAGGAACGGGAGAUGAUCUUGAUUGGGCUUUGAUUGAAUUCGACAAACCGGCAGAUUACCGCCCCAAUCUCUUACUACUGUUUGAUCGUGAGGAGGAGGCUGCCGAAAACCGCCCGCUGAAGGAAAACGGGAAAUUUACGGAGGAUGGGUCUAGUCGAUCAGUCAUCUUACUGAGUGGUAUGGGGGGCGUCAAGAAUGGAACACUCUCGACCUCUUUGUCUUUCCUUAUGAUGGGACCAGCCAAAGCCUUUACGAAGACUUAUACGCUUGUCUUGCCCCAUGGUUCAGUGCUCAAUGCUGGCGACUGUGGCUCUUGGGUCGUGGACCCGUCGACUUGUGAAGUAUAUGGGCAUGUCGUAGCUUCGGAUGCGAUGGGCGAUAUCUAUGUUGUUCCUCUGAACGCGACACUUCGAGACAUGGAGAAAAAGCUCGGAGCGGACCCCGUGUCCCUUCCUACCAAGGCUGAUAUUCUUACGUGGCUUGCGCAGCACGCCGAAGCUGCAGCAGAGCAGGUUACAAUCACAGCUAGGAGCAACAAAAAGAAAGUUGCGUUCAACGAUUCCAAGAUGGAUAAAGUCGAACUUCCAAGGGAUCUUCAGAAGCUCGCUGGCCACUCAUCGUCUCAAGCAUCAACGUCCCCAGCUCCGUCGGCCAUCAAAACCUCCACACCGAUUGUGGACUACUGCAACUCAUGCAACGCGAGAUUUGAAGGUACCUCACGCGAUGUCAGGUCCAACUUGCUAUGCCACCUGCGGACUACUUGUUCGAGACAGAACGAAGAUGUAGCACCCGGAAUUGAGGGUUCCAUUUCACAAGGUGCCAAGGAUAUUUUAGAUGAAAGGUCGGAAAGGUCCUCAGUUGAGAAUUCUAAAGACGUACGGCAGAGGACUAUAGCCAACACGUCUACGCAGCAGACGAGUCCAGUCCCCUGGUCAAUACGAUCUAUGUAUCCGAACUUCAAGAAGAAAUCAGAUAGUGACUCUCAGCAGAAAGAUGGGGACAAUGGUAAGAGUAUCAGCAAUUCAAAAGACAACAAACCCGCUCGAUUCGCCUCUUCAAAGAAGCCAGCUGCGACAGCGUCGCCAACUUCAAUUUCCAGAGACCUGAAGGACGACACGAAGAAGUCUAACUCCAAGAAACAUUUGCAUUCUUCUCCCAUCAGUAAACGAUUGCAUGAUCCAUCAUCAGCGCUGGCAGGUCGCAUAAGCAGAGACUUGCCACCUGCUCCACCAACCCCGCCAGUGUUACCAGACCAGAUACUAUCUCCCCCACUCGCGACUCCGUUAUCACCGCGUCUCCGUCAAGGUGGAAGAUUAUUGGCACCCUUUCCCCCUCGCCUGGCUCCUCGGCUGGUUCAUGGCCACGAAAGCUUCCAUGAGAGCAGUUCUGAUGGUCGUCAUCUAUCCCACAACAGUAAAUCAAGACAAGUCAGCUAUGAGGGUUAUAAUUUUACUAAAUGCGAUUCUAAGCAAACCGGCCAGAAAGAGACAUGGGCCGUUGCCAAGUUGGCUCCCAUGCCGGUCUCCCAAGAAGAUCUCAAGGAUCAGAUUAAAAGAAAUAGGAGAAAGCACACAUCCGCGCUUGACGAGUAUAACGAUGAAAGAAUGAAGGGCUCCAAAAGAAAGCAAGUCGAUAAUCUUAUUCACGAACGUACCAAGGUCGACGGUGAUUAUGGAUUUGAAUAUGUGCUUGCCUCCAUAAAGCUCGAUUCACGGAAAACCAAGAGCAAAAGUACCGAGACAGUGUCAAUGCAAGUCAUCUUGAAGAGACAACUAAUAGCGCACUUUCCCCAUGAUUCUUCGACGGACCUUUCAAUGGACUUUCCUACAAAAUUGCCAUCCCAAGUAAUGGACGUUACCAGCGGAGAUGAGCCUGGGAGGGUCAGGAACUUUGGUAGCGGAAGCCAGGACGUAGGGCACGGAGGCGCCGCUGUCUCUUUUGCCGGUCAUCCUGAACAUGGAGCCUUUCCGGAGUCUCCAGCACACGGUCAAUCUUUCGGCCACGGCGUGCAACAUGUCGGCGACAAACUUCCGCCCUUCCAUACCGCGCCCCACCCGCUUAACUCCCUUGACUCUCCGGCUCAAGGCGUGAGACAGCCUCCUCAACCCCAUAGCGUCCCCCUCAUCCAUCAAGAAAUGCACAGUACCCAAGGUCACCUUGAAAAGGUCAACAAUUCCAAACCCAAGAAGAAGAAGGUUCCCAAGGUCGUUCAUAUCACGCCCGAGACUCGGAAGAAGCGAGACAACCUUUCCAGUUCUCCCUCUCUUUCGAGUCUCUCCUCUGAAUUAGAUAGUGAUAACUCGUGGACAAAAACUGAUGCAACACCAGAUACGGUAGCCUCAGGCGAGAGCCGUGAGUAUCGUAAAGAGAAGGAAUCCGACAAAGAAAGGAAUGAACGGUCUUACGACAAGGACAACAUCGAGUGGACACCGUAUACUCAAGAGAGAGAACGACCGGUAUAUCUUAACCAUGGAGAGGAAGAGCACAGGCGUCCUUAUCUAGCGCCGGCUCAGAGGUUCCGCGAUGUAUCGUCCGAUUGGAUCCACCCAAGGCAGGACCUCGACCUGGAUCUAGACCGUCAUGGUCGGAGGCUGACUUCUCUACGAUACUCCUAUGGCCCUCGUUACCGUGAUGACGGACACUACGAAGUCGAACCUGCUAUCAGCGUUGCCGCUCGCCAUCGCCGAAGCAGUGUCUCACCAGAGCGACCGUCGCAAUUCAGAGCCCCCAGCUAUGACCUUGAUCGUCCUCCGGCUCACCCCUCGAGAGCCUUGGUCCCAAUACACCACCGGCCUGCAGUGUAUCGAGACACCACUGGGGACUUUUCCCGUGCUGUCGACGUGUAUGACCACGGAGCGGAGCUGCCGCGGGAGCAGGAACGGCUUCGGCUCAGGAGAGAGGAAGAUGAAGCAUGGGCGAGGAGGAUGAGGGAGUUGGAGAGGCAUGACAGGGAGGAACGUGAUGCGCAAUCUGAUGCAAGGAUCGAGAGGAUGAGAGAAAUGGAGAGGAGCGGGAGGGUGACCAUUGACAGGGAGGGAUCGCGGAGGGGGACGGCAUACGACGAUUACCACUACACCUGCGGCCUUAUCGCAACGGAAGAUGUGUCCGCUUGGGGCAUCCAGCCCCGCGAGAUCGCAGAGCCCCCCACGCAAUACAUGGCACCGCUUUCGGCGCCGUUCGCGGCGUUGGCCUUGAUCGACAGCACGUGA